AUGCCCGUCAUGAACGGGGACCUCAGUCUCUCCCAGUCUCUGGGAGGUCUCCGGAUAGCCAACCCGGAUGACUCGUCUCUACAUUCGUCCGAGGAUACCGCGACUCCAACUCCGUCCGCUGCGACGGCGCAGCCUCCUGCCGCCGAGCCCAAGCGCGAGUCCAUCCUCUUCCAACAACCGUCGGGCAGCUCGACCUCCCUCCCCUAUCCGACGAUGCCGUCCUCCGGCGAAAGCAUGUACGACCUGUCGUCAAAACCCCUCGAGAACCGGAAUUCUGCCUUCCUGCCGUACUUAGAUAUCCAGCAACAGCCGACCUCCCAAUUCCCCCCUUACGCCUCCCAACAACCGCCACAGAUUCCCUCGUCGGGUUCGUCUCGACCUCUAUCGGGCCUUUUCGCGAACGGCUCGACCUCGACCCUGGCCGCCAGGGAGGGCUCCUAUCGAAUCCGCACCGACUCCGCCGCGUCGUCCGCCUCCGAAAGCCAGGCUCGGGCAGAAUCCCGGGGGGGCUCGGCCGCGUACCAGGCGGGCGUCCCCGUGCGUGAUAAUAGCCACAGCGACCGGUCGUAUCGGACAGCCCAGUUGCCCGCCGGCAAUGGGCCGAAGGUGAUGCGUCAGCCCUCCCGUGCCCACGCGCGCGGCGGUGGUACGGCCCAGCUGGCGGGCUCGCCCUACGGCAUGGAGAAUGGCCCCGGGCCCAGCAGCGAAGACUGGCAGGAUCGGGGGGCCGCCGUUUCGGUGAGACAGGAGCUAGACGCCAACGGGAAGCCCGUUGCGCGGUACAUCAAAAAGGGGGUGCGGGAUUUCUCGUUCGGGAAUACUCUCGGAGAAGGAUCCUAUAGUACCGUGGUGUUGGGCACGGACCGACAGACCCUCAAGGAAUAUGCAAUCAAGAUCCUGGACAAGCGGCACAUCAUCAAGGAGAAGAAGGUGAAAUACGUGAACAUUGAGAAGGACACCCUGAACCGACUGACCGAGCAUCCCGGAAUCGUUCGACUUUACUACACCUUUCAAGAUGAGCGCUCGCUGUACUUCGUGUUGGAUCUGUGCAAAGGGGGAGAACUGCUGGGUGUGCUCAAGCGCAUGUCGACCUUUGACGAGGAGUGCACGCGGUUUUAUGGUGCCCAGAUUCUCGACACCAUUGACUACAUGCAUAGGCGCGGCGUGAUCCAUCGAGACCUGAAACCGGAGAAUGUCCUUCUCGACAACCAGAUGCACGUCAAAAUCACCGACUUCGGAACGGCCAAGAUCCUCAAGAGCCCGCGGCGACCGGAGCAGAAUACGAGCGGAAUGCCGCCAUUAGACUCAGCCGAUAUGCCCGCCGAAGAACGCGCCAGCUCCUUCGUCGGCACCGCGGAAUACGUCAGCCCUGAACUGCUCACCGAUAAGAAUGCUUGCAAGGCAAGCGAUCUGUGGGCGUUUGGCUGUAUCAUCUACCAACUCCUGGCCGGCCGUCCUCCAUUCAAGGCCGGGAAUGAAUACCAAACGUUCCAACGAAUCGUCGCGCUCGAUUACGAGUUCCCCGUCGGCUUUCCCGCGGUGGCCCGGGAUCUGGUCGAGCGUCUGCUCGUCCUGGACCCAGCUCGUCGCUUGCCGAUCGAGCACAUCAAGAACCAUGAAUUCUUCCAGGGAAUGGCUUGGGGCCCGGAGCUGUGGAAACGAAAGGCGCCUCGGUUGAAGGCUUAUGUGCCGCCUCCGCGUGAGCCCAUUAAACUGAACGGAGGCAAAGAUGGGGAAAGCUUUCCCCCGGGUAUCACGUCGGCUCCGUCCGGUGCCCCGAACGCUGGCUCCAGGGUGGUCCCAAGACUCGUGACGGAGCUGCCCCCUCCUACCCAACUUGAUAUCGAAUGGUCUCCGGUGUUGACCAAGACCAACGAGCGAAUACUCAGGUUGGGGAACUUGAUGGUUCUGUCCUCACCGGCUGCUCACAGUCCCGUCUCCAAGAACGGAAGUGGUGAAUUCGAGCCCCCUAAGAAAUUUUCCCGGUUCUUUGGGGGGAGCACUACCAAGAAGCGACAGCGAUUGGUUAUGGUGACUUCGUCGGGUCGAAUCAUUAUGGCUGCAUCUGGUGGCGAUGAAAAGAAGGCCAAGAUGGAAAUUUCCCUGCUUGGUCCGGGGACACAGUAUCGCACCUCAACGGACGCCAAAGGGUUUUCAUGUUGGGUUGUGGAUACGCGAGACAAGCAUUUUGUCUUUGAAGACCCUAAGCCCUCGUCCAGCAAUGUUGGUGCCACCGCAUUGUUGGCACAGGAAUGGCUGGAUGCGCUAGACCGAGCGAAAGAGAUGGCGCUAUUCCAGCAGAACAAUGGAUCCUAUUCUGCCGACGAAGCAUUCCGUGAUCUGUCUUCCGAGCUGUCAAGCCAGGCCAAUACCCUAGAUCGGAGUUCGGAUAUGCACCACGAAAACCCGCCAUCAUCAUCCGGGCGAGCCACGCUCGUCAAACACCAGGCCACUGAUUCGGAAUCCGUGAAAGGGCGGAAAAGAUUCAGCCGCCGCCACUCAAGGAACGGAUUGGCUGCAGUUUUCUAA